GCCAUCGUCUUGUCGGAGGACUUCGCUGCAUUGGGCGAAGUCGCCCCAUGCUGCGGCAUGGGCGCGUCUUCAGCAGAGUUCCAGGAACUUUUGGGCGUGCCCCUGGCUGCAUGCGUAGUGCCCCUGAGGCGCAGCCUUGCCGGUCUGCAGGAGCGCCUAGGCGAGCAGCAGGUGGCUACACUCCUGAAGACCAAGGCGGGGCAAAUCUUCGCCUUCGCCCUGCAGCUGCCUUUGCUCACCUACGACAAGCCAUGUUACAAGGAUCAGACGAACCCCGUGGCCGUGGCGGCCGCCUUCCGGGAGGUGGGCUCUGCCUACGAGUGGGCGGACACGAAGAAGUUUGUGGCGAGACACUUCCGG